CGGAAUGAAUAACCCCGAUGUGGGCAAUCUCAAGAGGGCGUUUGCACGACAGAGAGCCAAAGAUCUUGCUGAACGAGCCAAGCUCUUGAUGAAUAAGGAUAAUGAAAUAAACAAUUUGAAGAAAGAAGUCGAGGAAACACGUCACAAUGGCUUUAAUGAGAAUGGAAGUGCUGAUGAACUGGAAAAGAUUGUUGAACAAACGUCUAAAGAACGUCUUUUGCUUGAAAAACAAGUUUCUUCAAACGUCGAGAAUUUACGAGAAGAAAUAAAGGAUAUCAGCGCUCAAAACACAAGACUAGCAAAUGAUAACGAUAUUUUAAAAGAGGAAGUGUGUAAACUGCAAGAUUUUAAAUCAAAACACGACACAAUUUCAACUCGACUGAAAGAAGUCCAGGCACGCAACGAGAAACUGGAAAAUGCGUGUUCGGAAAAGGACAAGCGGUUGUAUAAAUUGGAUUUAGAAAAACAAGCGUUCAUUGCGAAGAACAAUGCAUUACAGAAGAAAAACAACGAGUUGUUAUCCAAAGUUGACCAGCUUAAUCAGGUUGAAAGAGAAUGCUCUCGUUUAAAAGAGUGUAUCCAGACAUUGGAAAACGAGAAUCUUGCAAUGAAAGAGGAGAACGUGAAAUUAAGAAACGAAAUCAAAGACUUAUCCGAAGUUAAAAAGGAGGCCGAACAGUUAAAGCUAGAUAAUAUGGAUUUGGAAAAGCAAAGAGAAAAUGUUUCGUUGAAGCUCGAGGAACGAGAUCAAGAAAUUUCAUCUCUUUAUGAGGCGCAAGAAGUGGCUCAGAGAAAUCAUUCAGCAGAAGUGAGUGGUUUGGAGGACAUGGUGCGCCGAUUAAAGGAACAAAAAGCGAGGAGUAUUCGUGAAGAAAAGAUGGCCGAAUCUCGUCACACGACAAGUUCAGUGCUAACGUCGACGCCAAAACACAGCAAGAGUACCCAGACCUCUCGUCCGUCAUCCCCGGUCAUGUCACCAGUAAUACACAACGGAAUACGAGAGUUACGACGAGACUCCCAACAAGACGAAGACAUAAAGAGUAUCGAUGAUGAUUCGGGCCAGGAACUCCUGAAUGUCCCGUGCAACGGAACGAGUUCUUCGACUAGUUUCGAUUUGGAAAAAGCGGGAACACGAAUUCAGCAGUUGGCUGCUUCAGAUUCUGACGAGAUUGAUUCUAAUUUUGUGGAAACCCAGAAACAAUCGCCCGUGUCUUCGGAGAUCAGCGAGUCUUCGGAGCCGAGUGUCGAAGAUCAGGCGAACGAGGAAGAUAAAAGUUACAGCGCGGAUGUGAGCCAAGCCAGUGAUGUUGAAGAACUUCGUGUCAAUAAGACAUUGCAAGAUGACCAGCAAGAAUCAGACUUUUACGAUCCCAGAGACGAUCCUGAUAUUUACAUCGGAAGUCCGCUUCAAGACUCUCCCGACUUGGAAGAAAAACUCUCCAUAUUCAUCGCUAAGUACAAUUAUGAUCCAAUGCUAUAUUCUCCUAACGAGAACCCAGAAAUGGAGCUCGCUUUUCAAGCUGGAGAUUAUCUGUAUGUUUAUGGAGAUGUCGAUGGGGAUGGUUUUUACGUGGGUGAGCUCAUGAACGGCGAACGCGGUCUUGUUCCUUCGAAUUUUGUUGAACAAAUCGCAGAGGAAGAGGCCAUUUUGAAAGAAAGCGAUGACUUAGAUGCUGAUUCUGAUAGCGAAGAACGUCGUCAUGAGAUGUUUCGAUCAUCUCUUGAUCACGUGCUCACUGAACAACUCGAUGACAUCCGGGAGUCUGAGGAAGACGACCUGGGAAUGAGUUCCCUCUCCGAGGACGAGCUGGGAAACCGGAAAAACCAGAAAAACAAGAGCAAUAAACCGGAAGCGGAUCAGGUUUCUAGCGAUGGAUUGGAUUCGAUGGAUUCUGAUGUCCCAGAGCCACGCAUUCCAUCACCGACUAAACUCUCUCUGGAUCGUCAGUUUACGAACAGUGCAUUGAUAAGCUGGCGAGGAGCGAAGCUGCCCAAUGAUGAAAUCCAGGGAUACAAUGUUUAUGUCGACGGGAAAUUCAAGACCCAGAUCAAAGGAAGCAAAAAGACGAACGUCGUUGUGGAAGAUAUCAAACCCACCGAGACAUAUCGGGUAUCGGUGCGAACGAAUUCGGUCAGCGGUGUUGAGUCACCUGAUACCGACGCUACAAUGGUUUUCGGUCCAGAUGCCACGUUGUCGCCUAGCAACGUCGAUGUAACCAAGAUCACAGCCACGUCAGGAGAGCUUCAAUGGUUACCAUCUCACAGUAGCUACCAGCACGAGAUUUUCUUGAACGAAACAUUACUGGAAAAUGUCAAAGCUGGUUGUUCAUCUUUUGCGAUUAACGAUCUUUCUCCUUCGACACAAUAUCAUAUACGAGUGCGGACAAUAAUCCCUGGCCAUCUUGAAAUGUCUGGGGAUAAGCUCACAGAGAAGGAUUUAAGUGCUGAAGUGGAGUUCACAACGGCUGAUGGAGGAUUACCAGAGCCUCCUGUUGAUCUUCGACUUUCCCAGCGGACGUCAGAGAACGUCGUUCUAACUUGGUUACCAGUCACUCUUUCUCUCGAUGGCUACUCUAAUGGUUAUAAAGUGAGCGGUUAUAAGAUUUACGUGAAUGAUAUUUAUUGCACGGAGGUUGUUUCUGCCUGUGUGGACAGCAUAACAAUACCAGUGGAAAAACUGAGAAAUCUUGGAAAGCGACACGACUUUUCGCGCAUGCGCUUUGUUGUUAGAACGCUGUCCGUACUGGGCGAGUCUCUAGACUCGAAUGCUGUGGAAAUUUGCUCCGAAGAUCAUGAAAUAGAAGAUAGGACUUGUGGGAGGGUGGAAGGAGCUGUUUUAAGUGUGAAUAAUGCAGAUAAAAAAGAUUUCAAGGCAGGGAGUAAUUCAGAUUUGCCUAAAAAUAUUGAUGGAGGCAAUUUAUUGAGUGAUGGCAAUGUUAUAGUCUCAAGGGAUUUGGCCAAUUCUUUGGAAGGGAACUCUACAGCAUUAGAAAGUAAAAACAAUUCUGAAUUGCCGAAAAACAGCGUUGGACAAAGCUUGUCUGGUAAAGAAGGUACAAGGAACCAAGGCACCUUUUCAAGUAAUGAAAGCGAUCAGAAAGACAGCGGCGACAGUGUUCACCAGGCCACGUCGAGUAUAGAUUCGACUUCGGAAAGUAGGACCAGUAGGAAAUCGAAUGUUUCCGAGGUUACCGAGUUGAAUUCAGGAAGUAAGGAUGACAACGAGAACGUGAAAGAUGGCGGACUAGAAAAAGAUACGACGAGUGCAACCGAUGUUCCUCCGACGCUUGUCCGAAGGCCACCAAUCGUCAACCGGUAUGACGUUGAAACGGAAAGUGAAAGUUAUAGCACAGAGUCUAAGACCAUGGACACGGAAGAUGAAUUGAUUGAAAGAUUUGAGCAUUUUGAGAUUUCGGGGGGAAACGAAGUCGACGUCGCCUAUAAAAACGACGAAGACUAUAAAAACCUGAACGAAUUACCCGAGUGUGAUACUCUCGGCGGUAAUCAUCCAGGGACUAAGGAAAACAUUUCCAAUACUAAACCACGCGAAGGAGACGAUAUAAGAAGAAGCGAUGGCAAUAAUACAAAUUCUUCACCCCAGGGUAAUGGAGUUUCGCAGAACAAUUUAGCUACAGAUCAUCGCUCCUCAGGGAGCGAGACUGAUAGCGAAAAAAAGGAGGACAAGAAUCGCUCGAAAGAUUUUCAAGCAUUCAUCCAGAAUGCGGUGUCGGAUGAUAUGGGCAGUGGGGCAAAGGGGAAUGGUCCCACUCUGACUAUCGGACCACCGCAUUCUGAAAGCGAAACGGAUACAGAAUACGGACCACCGUUAUCUGUCAUACACGAAGUUGAUGAAGAUAAUCUCACCGAAACAAAUAGUCCCAGCUCACAAGAUAGAACCAGUGAUGAUGAAGCCACUCUUUCUAAUAAACAACUAACCUCCCUCCCGGAUGAUCAUUCUAGGAACUCGGAUAUAACUGGGAGUCGGAGCCGAACCCUUACGUCCGAUGACGAGGGUUUCCGAACUGAAGACGAUGUUUUGGAUCUCCUUGAUGGCGAGGAUGAUGCUAUGAUUGGUGAGCCUAAGGGUGACAAUACAACAUCUACGACAAAGAAAGGACAAAGUGCGAAUACAUCUAGGGACAAUUGGUAG